UUGUAUACUACAUUUUCUUGUGUGUGUGUGUGUGUGUUUUGUUUUUUAAACUAAGAAAAUAUUUUCAGGGAGUAUCAAGCUUGAAGGUAGAUCAACAACUCUUUUAUGAUCCUGAAGGAAUUGCCAUUCCACUUGGAUAUGCAGUGGUGGAUGUGGAAAUGGGAUGUAAUCGAUUUUGUCGACAAUUUAUACUAGAAAGAAAAAGCCUUCCUAGAAAGUUCCUGCAUAGCAAUUUGCAGACACCUCGUCCGAACAUAGACCGUUUUCACACAUACAGAUCAGCCAGGCAGUGUGGGAUGUUAUUAUUCAAUCCAACAAUGAUGGGUUCAAACGAAAGUAUCAGGCAGCUUGGAUGCGUUGAGCUCAUUCCAUUAGAUGUGAAAAAAGAUUUAUUUGAGAAACUGACAGUAGCAUUAUCCCGCAUAUGGAACCAAAACGUGAACAUAAGCAGAGCAUGUCACGGACCAGCAUUAAAGAUGACUAUUAAACCAGGGCGAGGCUCGCCUGUACAGCACGACAUAAAUGUUGACAUAUCUGUUUCUCUUCACUGUGAUAUACCAAUUACAGCAUUUGGAUGGCCGAGGGAAGAAACAAAGAGAGCUUUCAGCAUGGAGCAUAUAAACGAAGUUUUGAAAGCUGGGAUUCAUCUUGUACCUAAAAAAGACCUGUUUUGGGCGAUAUCUUUCUCCAAAGCAGAGCGGGCACUUCUAUCUAUAUUAGACGCAGAUCAAGGCUGUAGAAAAUAUGUCGCUAAAAUAAUGAAGAAGCAUGUAAUGACAUGUAGCUCCCAGUCAUCGAACGGCCUUCCGGGAAUUUCGUCACAUAUAAUAAAGACACAAAUCUUAUGGUCUUGCGAGAAACAUCACAAUUGUCCAGACUACUGGCAUUGGGGGAACAGGGACAUAUGUCUGAUCAACACAAUGAAGGAGUUGGAAAAUACUCUGACUUCCAAGAGACUGCUCGAUUACUUUAACCCAGCUGUUAACAUUCUGGAAGACAAAGAGGCUGCUGUGCUAACCAAGUUAGCAGAGUUCAUGCAGAAAAGGAGGAAUGAACUUGAGAAUAUGAAAUAGAAUUAACCUAUAUUAACUACACAAAAAUGACAUUGUUGAAACUAUCAUUUCAAGCAUUAUCUAAAUUAUUUUCACAAAUCAUUUACUCCGUCGAAACUGAUGGCUCUAUUUUGGGACAUCUUGUAUCAAUUUUCUAAAGUUUUUUAAGCGCUGCCAAGAAAAGCUCUCGUUGAAAUCAAAUCUGUUUACUGCUUGAUGUAAAUAAAGUAAACUAUACAGAUUUAAUUACAGGUGGCUUUCCCAAGUGACCAUUCUUUUUGUUUUACAAGCUUCUGUCAAUUAUUUUAGGUGUAGAUUGGAUUCCAGGUUUCGUUAUUUCUUAAUGGACUUUGAAAUGGUAAAAAG